AUGUUUGCAACACGUAUUUCGCAGUUUGGGAAACUGCUUGUAUUUCUUCUCUUGGAUUCAACGGCUGAUGGUUACUCUAUCGGUGCACCACAAUCCACCUGCUGGACACGAUACCCCAAACACAAGGGAUUGGGAACACAAGUAUCAUCAUCCCCCUUCGCCAUCACUUUCUCAAAGCUGACAUACACACCGGGAGCAAUCAUUUUCGUCACUGUGGAAGAUCCCAGGGGCCGGUGGUUUAGUGGCCUUCAGAUAGCGGCCUAUCGAGCUUCGGGCAAUACAGAGGAGAUUGUGGGGGAGUUCGUCGCUUACCCCCUUGACAAGUUCAAGGCUUUGACAUGCUUCGGUGGUUACAGGAACAUGGUUACGCAAAAAAAUGAUGUGAAAAUUCAAAGUGUGAAAUUAGUGUGGAAAGCUCCCAGUGACAACGUUGGAGAUCUAAUAUUCAGAGCUACAGUCGUGGUGAAUUUUGAGGUUUUCUGGAUCGACGUUGAAGGGAAAUUACUGUCAGCAAGUCAAGACCUUACAGUAGUGAAAGCAUCCAAGUAUAAGCCGAUAAUAUUCAGUCACAUGGUCAGGGAUGUAGACUUUGCUGAGUGUGGAGAAACCAAAGGUUGUUUCGUGUAUCCCCGACACUGCAACUUAAGUGAGUGUUUGGCAGCUGUCAGUUUCCAGCAUCGACCGGACACUGACGACUACCAGUUCGAGAUGUACGCCAUAGCUGAAAAUUGGGUGUCUGUUGGUUUCUCUGAUGACCUAAUAAUGGGUCAUGAUGAAACGGUAUCCUGUGUGAGCAAUGCUGGUUUGGUCAGUGUUCAACACGGCUGGAAUCCUCACUACCAUAAUGAACGGUUAUUUAAUAGGUUUCUAACUGAGGCUGAAAUUAAACAUUCAGAUGGAAGAGUGCAGUGCAGAUUUGUGUUACCGCGACAGUCUUCGGUCUAUCAUAUUAUCCAGCAGUCGGAGCAAUUAAACUACACAAACACGACCUAUGACAGAGAUGGAGCAUGGCACUUGAUGCUGGCCUGGGGAAAAGCUAUGCCAGCAUCUGAUGUCAUGACAAUACACAAGGAUAUGCCGGCUGUUACUUCAGUCAAAGUCAACCUGAAAGAUCGCAGACUGUAUACAGGAUCUGGAUUUCCUAUACUUGUCCAUCUGCAUGCAUCUGUGAUGAUUAUUGCCUGGGUCUUCCUGACUGGCAUCGUAACGGUCAUGUCUAGACAUUACAGGGACUGGCUACCCAAAAGAAGGUUGUUCGGCACCAAAGUUUGGUUUCAGGUUCAUAGAGAGCUUGCUGUACUCAUCUUGCUACUGAACGCCAUUGGUUUGUUUGCCAUAUUCCUUCAUUAUGGCCCAGGAAUACGGAAGUAUUCAGUCAACCAUGCAUAUGUGGGAUUAGCAGCAGUGACAGCUCUAAGCUUGCAAGUUAUCGCUGGCUUCCUCCGACCUGGACUCGACCACAAGAUGCGGUGGUACUUCAACUGGAGUCAUCGAAUUUUGGGUCAGGCCUCGCAUGUUUUAGCAGCAACUACGAUGUUCUUAGCUUACGACAUUGACUACAUAAUAAAGGAGAUGAGAAACUUUGGCAUCACUGUUCUGACAGUAUGGGUUGUAGUUCAGCUAUUGUGGCAUGUUGUCUUUGAACUUCUGGCUUGGAAAGGCAGGUCACGGAGCUCUGCGGAAGUGCAAGCAGUUUCAGAAGAGAGUACCUCCAGCUGGAACCUUCACACGUGCCUCUUGGUCAUCUAUACAAUAGUGUUGGGUGGCUUGACGGCUGCUGCCCUGCUAGCGUUUUUAUUAUUUUAG